CUUCUUUCAGUCACCUCUCACGCACGUUUGUAUUCUUCUUCUUGUUCUCCUUCUCUUCUUCUUCCCUCGUCUUGCCUAACAGGAAGAGACUGUCGCUCGUUUAGUCGACUCUCUCGCUGCCCCUCGUCGCAUCCAUCCCUUUCCCUCACCUGGGAUUGUUUGACGGCCUGCGCUGUCAAGUGUCAACUUGCCUAGGUCGCCUUCAUUUAUUUAUUUAUUUAUUUAUUUUUUUUUUUUUGACCGACGACCGGCUUCUUAAGGUUACCAACAACCGGAUUGUUUACACCUUUUCCGUUCUGAAAAGCCCCGUUUUCCUCCGCACACCGUCACAAUGGCUGAAGACAAGAAGUCCGAUAACUAUACGAUCGAGAUGGACAAGCUGGAUCAGGGAAACAGUCGCACCUUUGAGGCACCUCCCCCGCCUCAGCCGCGAGCUGCUCCAGCGAACAACCCGAUCCUGCCGGUGCUGGCUUACUGCGGAUCUUCGAUUUUGAUGACUGUCAUGAAUAAAUAUGUCUUGUCCGGCACCAACUUCAACCUCAAUUUCUUCUUGCUUUGUGUGCAGUCCAUUGUAUGUAUUUCUGCGAUUCAGGGGUGUAAGACCGCUGGUCUUAUUAACUACCGUGAUUUCAACAGUGACGAGGCGAGGAAGUGGUUCCCGAUUACUCUGCUUCUGAUCGGUAUGAUCUACACCGGUACCAAGGCUCUUCAGUUCCUCUCGAUUCCCGUCUACACCAUCUUCAAGAACUUGACUAUCAUUCUUAUCGCGUACGGAGAGGUGCUGUGGUUUGGUGGCUCCGUUACUGGCUUGACGCUUUUCUCUUUUGGCCUGAUGGUGUUUAGUUCGGUUAUCGCCGCGUGGGCCGACAUCAGAUAUGCUCUUGAGAGCAGCGGAGACGCUACUGGCAAGAUCUCUACUUUGAACGCUGGAUACAUCUGGAUGUUGAUCAACUGUCUUUGCACGUCUUCCUACGUCCUUGGAAUGCGCAAGCGCAUCAAGUUGACCAACUUCAAGGACUUUGACACUAUGUUCUACAACAACUUCCUGUCGAUACCCGUCCUGGUCGUUCUCUCUGUCUUCACCGAAGACUGGUCGUCCGCCAACGUUGAGCGCAACUUCCCCCCUGCCCAGCGCAACAACAUCAUCUUCGCCAUGAUCCUCUCUGGUGCCUCAACCGUAUUUAUCUCCUAUACCUCCGCCUGGUGUGUCCGUGUGACCUCAUCCACCACCUACUCAAUGGUGGGAGCGCUGAACAAGCUUCCCAUUGCGAUUUCUGGAUUGAUUUUCUUCGACGCCCCCGUGACGUUCCCCAGUGUGUCGGCUAUCUUUGUAGGCUUCGUCAGUGGUAUCGUCUAUGCCGUUGCCAAGAUCAAGCAGAACGCUAAGCCCAAGACUGGUGCUCUACCAACUUCGAAUCCGGUCAGUGCUAGCAGCCAGAGCAUGAGAGAUUCGUUGCGGUCAUAGAUCCGCAUCCUAGCGGGCAUUAUGUCAUGGUGGCAUGGUUGUUUUUCUUGUUGCGACGUCUGGCAAUUAACUGAAUUGAUGUACUGGGUUUGAUUCUGGUGAUUCGCGUUGGUGGCUUCUCUUAUACAGCGCAUAUUAUUAUUACUUCAUUCUGGCAGCGCAGAGGCGCUCCGUUGUUGCAAGUGUUAUUCUUUUUUUAGUAAUAUUGUUACUUUCUUAUCCUUUUCUUUUUAUUUCGAUACGAUUCAGGUGUGUCUGUUAUUUACUGGCUUUGAAGCGAUGCUUGAAAAUAGACUCGUCGACGUUGGAUUAAAAAAAAAUAGUUUCAUUUCUUUGGUUUGUCUGUUUUCUGUAUAUAAUUUAUUUUUCUUUUAAUAGGUUAUAGAAUAUGUUGCUAUACGGUGU